AUGGACUCGGCGCCGCUCACCCUCAGAAUCCUCCAGCUCACCCCCCUCACCCUCAUCCCCACCUCCCAGCCCCCGACCGAAUCCUCCAUCCCGCCCAUCCCCUUACCGCCCCCGCCCCCUCCCGAUGAUUUCGCAUUCUCCCCCACCCCAAACUACCCCCCUCCCCUCGGCACCAUCCACAUCGGCUCCAUGCUCGCCUGCAGGGUAGCCCUCGAAAACUCGCACCGCCAGCGCUACCCCGUCCUCGGCGUCAAGAUGAUGCUCGAACUCCAAACGCCCACCACCCGCACCCGGCUGGGCGAAGUCAUCCACGGCAAGCCGUCCAUGGCAGAUUCGGCUCUAGAGGAAGAGAGGAACCGGGUGGAGCCUGUGAAGCCGGGGGAGGAAGAGAUUCCGGAGCUGGCGUUUGGGGAGAGGGUCGAGUUGAGCGCGGAGAGUGAGGUGAAGGAUCUGGGGCUUGGGGUGGUUAUUGCAAUCACACCGUUGAGUAUCAAAACCCGUAUCCAAUCCCCCACCCACCCCAACACCCUCCUCUCCCCUUCUCUCCGGCACCAAACCUUCCUCGAAGUGCUCAUGCAAAACACCUCGCCCACCGAAUCCCUCCUCCUCUCCACCGUUGCGCUCCAGCCGGUCGAAGGGCUGGUGGUGGACAAGGUCAGCGGGGACGCCCUCGGCUUGGAGGGCGAAGAGCUCCAAGUCGGGGAUGUCAGGCAAUACCUGUUUGUCCUUUCUCCCAUCUCUCCCCCGCAGAAGACGGAAAAGGGGCAAGAGGUGUCCAAGUUUCCACCGACGCAUGCGCCAGGCGAGAUCCUGCCUCUCGGACGAUUGGCCAUCUCGUGGAUCUCUGGGCCAUAUCAUACGCCGGGGAACUUGUUGACGUCAAUGUUGAAUCGGAGAGCACCGGCUUUGGCCUCGCUUCCUGCGGCUCCUGCUUUGACAGCAGGGGUGAGGGAUAGUCUGAAACCACCGGGGAAAGGACCUGCUCCAGGGCCUGCAACGCCAGGCAAACUGCCAGUCCACCAACCAUCGCCCAUACCGGCGUCUCCCUCCCCUCUCCGACGCGAUCCUUCUUCUUCUUCCGAACACCCUCUGCCUGUCAUCCCGUCUAGCGCGGAUGCCAAUGGGGAAGAGACGAAAUGGACAUAUGAUCUCGUCAUGCUCUCCAACAGACGAGGUCUGAAGAAGGAAACCACCUGCCCUCUCAAGUUCAGGUUGUCGAUAAGGUCGGCGGAGGCUAUAAACGCUUCUUUGAUCUCGGGAAAGAAACCGGCCCUGCCGAGAUUGGCUGUCCAAUACCUCACCCCCCUCCUCCCUCCCACCCCACCACACCCCCACCCCCACCCCCACAAUUCUACCGUCCCCCAAUUAGCUAUCUCCGCACCAUCCCUCCCCCGUACAAGUACACCUCUCUCCCAUCCACCUCCCUCCGCCCGCCCAUUCACACCUUCAUCCGCCUCCACUGCCCAAGGCCAAGGGUCGACCAGCAGUCGCCCGAUAACGCCGUUGAGGGCGGAACUCAAGUCUGCCGUUGGGGGGUUUAUCAAUAACAAUAACAAUACUAUUGCUGGUGGUAGUAGUCGGCCCGGUACGCCGACGUCGGUCGCUGGAGCUGGAGCUGGAGCUGGGAAACGCGAGUUCCUACAGCCUCAUGGCUCUUCCGAGCCCCAGGGAGGUGAGAAUGUAAUGUUAAUGGGCACAAGAAGCCCCUGGCCUCCCUCCCCGCAUGUUGCGUUCAAUAGUUCUAAUUCGUACAGGCCUGCGGCUUAUCCAGCUGCGAUGGGGGUGGCAGCUGCCAUGGCCCGGGUCGGGUCUGGGCAAUCGCACACUUCAGGCCAAGGUCGGAAAGCCGCUUCAGGAGAGGAAGCGAGGGUGGUGGAGGUGUAUCAUAUGGGUAAUUCGUUGACGUUCUUGGAUGAUGUUGGAGAAGGAGAGGUGAGGGAGGUGGUGGAUUGGUUUUCUAUCCCUCCACCACCUUUACUUGCGCCUGCGCCUGCUCCUCCUCCCCCCGACCUUUCAGUUUCAGCAGAAAACGCCGAAGAAGAAGGAGCAGACAAAAGCGAGGGCGAGAAUACCCCGAUCCCCGGGCCGAUCCCCGAGAUCAAACCCUCAACACCAACAGAAGGAGAGGAGGGCAAAAAGUACUGGGAAGCCUCGGUAGAAUGGUCCUGGGACUUUUUGGGGUGGGAUACUGGGGUUGGCGUGCUGGGUGGAUUGAGGGUGUUGCGGUUUGAUGAUGAUGACGCCGAUGGUGAGAAGGGGGAAACCGAGGACAGGACGAGGGGAGGUAGUGGUCGGAAGGGUACUGUUGAGCGAGAGUGGGAUUGUUUGGGCGAUGUUUGGGUUGUUUAA